CAGUCAAGAAUUACCGUUAGUCCGUUACUUCCAUUCCUCUGUGUCUCACUCUCUCUGUCUCUGUCUCUGUCUCUCUUGACUCUUGAGUCUCCAAUGGCAUUGUGUGCACCUACUCACAACCUAUCUCUUAGCUCAGUCAAAAGCCAUGCAAGAAGUAGAAGAGGCUAUGGGACUGGGAUGGUUGCAAUGGCAGCUUCAUACGAGUACGAGGAGGGACAGUUAGAGAGCCCCAAGUGGGUUGGUCAGACCCCACUCUCUCGUCUUGUUCGAACUAUCAUUUCCUUCAAGCCCCUCUACUCUCUGCUCAAGCUCGGGGCUAGAAAUGUCCUCAUCAGUACAGCUGAGAAGAAGAACAUUCCAUGGAGGGAAAUGACAAAGGAGAUUCUAGAAUCAGAUGUAUAUAAGGAGUUGGAGCGCGUUCAGAACCCUUCACUUGUAUACCCAGAUUAUUACCUGAAUUCUUUUCAUGCAUAUGAUGAGGGCAACCUUUCAUGGCUGGCUGCGGCAGAAGCAGAGGCUGCAACAAUGUCAAUGGCAAGACGAGCAAUACCUGAUGCUUCUUCCUUAGAUGAAGCUAAUGAAAUAAUACGUGGAAAUUGGCUUCAAGCAAUUGAGCAGCAUCAUCUGCAGUACUCCGGAAAUUCCACGAUCAGGGACAUCUUAGAUGUUGGAUGCUCAGUUGGUGUCAGCACAGGCUAUCUUGCUGACAACUUUCCAUCAGCUAAAGUCACAGGUCUAGAUUUGUCACCUUACUUUCUUGCUGUAGCUCAAUUUAAGGAAAAGAAAAGAUCCCCAAGAAAGAAUCCAAUAAUCUGGAUUCAUGCAAAAGGGGAGGACACGGGCUUGUUGUCCAACUCCUUUGACCUUGUUUCCAUGGCUUAUGUGCUUCAUGAAUGUCCUGAAAAUGCAAUAGUCAAUUUAGUGAAGGAAGCAUUCCGUCUCCUUCGACCAGGAGGCACAGUUGCCUUGACGGAUAAUUCACCAAAGUCAAAGAUCCUUCAGAUACUCGAAAAUGAGAAGAAAUCUAAGGGUGAUGAAAGCGUGGAUGUGAAUGAAGAAACUGAAGCAAUAGAGCUUAUUCUCUUCCAAGUCCCUGAAUGUUACGUCUACAUAAUUCCACCAAGGAAAAGUGCAGCUUCCUACAGGGCUGAUGAGUGGGAUGUCAACAAAUGGGCAUGGGAGGGCAUGUUGAAAGUUAUUAGCAAGGGAGAAGAAUGCAUUAUCAGACUUGAAGACAAGACCACAGGUGAACUAUAUGCUCGGGCUUUUUUGAGAAAUGGUGAGCCACAUCCAGUGGAACCUGUAAUUGAUAGCAGCAGAUAUUUUGUUCUUCGCAUAGAAGAGAACAUUGGUGGUCGUCUUCGGCAUGCUUUCAUUGGCUUAGGGUUUCGAGAAAGAACAGAAGCUUAUGAUUUCCAAGCAGCCCUGCAUGAUCACAUGAAGUAUCUGAACAAAAAGAAAACUGCAGAAGAGAUGGAACAACAUUACCAGCAGGCUUCUUCAGUAGAUUACAGUUUAAAAGAUGGCGAGACUCUUGUGCUCCAACUGAAGAGCAACAAAAGUGGUAGUUGUGUGAAGUCAAAAUUUUUUGACCAGAGUUUGAACAAUCCCUCAGAGGAAAAGGGUAACCGGAAAGAGUCCAUAAUUCCGAUCAAACCACCACCUCCUCCCCCAGCACCACUUUCUCCUGCUGUUACUGUCCAGAAGUCUCCAACAAAUGGGCCACCAAAUUUCAAUCUUGAGGGAACUUCCAAAGAUGAGGCCCCAGAAUCAACAAAAGAAGAGGCUAAAGAGCUAACUUCUUCUGAAAGUCACAGCCAACAGGAUAUAGCAGAUGAUGAUUUUGGGGAUUUUCAAGCAGCUGGGUCACAUGGUCUAUGAUACUGAUAUUUUAUACUUGUGCUCAAAUUCUUCCCUGGUUUUAAUGGUUUGGGAUUUGUGAUAGCUUAGGUACUUACAUUUCAAAAUUUCCUUUGGUCUGGUAAAUAUCUGGUAAAUACUACACAAUUUGGAGUUAGUUAGAGACUGAACUUUGAUGAUGCGGGUCAUUUUAUUUAUUUGUUUCUUACAAGAUCCAGUAUAUGGGGAAUGCAAACCGCCUUACCUUUGUGUGGUGUUUAAAAUUAUCCUAAAGUAGACAAAAUGAACUUAUAUCUUUAGUUACAUUAACAUCAGAAUGAAGUUGAGUGCAGUCUGGCAAUAA